AUGCCACGUCGCGGAAAAUAUAAUAAAAUUUCUCCUAACGACAGAGCCAGGAUUUUGAAACCCUAUGAAGAUGGAAAAGACUGGCGAGAAUGUGCAGAUGCUUUGGGUAUAAACGUACGUACUGCACAUGAAUGGAUAAAAAAGGAUCAACCACUUCCUAAACCAAAAGGAAGUUUGGGAUUCAGGAAGAGGACUGCCGAAAUCGAGUCUACAUUAGUAGAGUGGGUUGAAGAAAACGCUACCAUAACACUUGCAAAUUUGGCCGAUUCAGUGUUUGAACAAUUCCACAUUCGAGUUUGUGUUAACACGAUUAAGAAUUGGUUAGAUGGAAAAUUAUUCUCAGUUAAAGCUGUUCGACCACAGUCUUGUGGUUAUUCCUGGUCUCCUGAGCCGAGCGACAAUCUCUUCUUUUUCCUCUUUGAUUGCAGUUCUGACUUUUUGCCUCAAUAUUGGAUCUCCCCGAGCCAUGGAACUGAAGGAAGACGAACUCCUUACAGCAGAUAG